UCAUUGGGCCUCAGUCUUUCCAGACCCCAGUCUCAAACUAGCAACGUUCAAAAUUGUCAGUUCUAGUGUUCGGAACAAAUUAAGUGAACUCGCAUAUCGUGAUACCACAGUGAUAGAUUCGAUAGCAAAGAUGCACGUGGUGGGGGCUCUGGUCAAUCUGCUGCUGAUCUCGGCCUGCGUCUACACGAUGUACUCGCUGACCCCGGCGGACCAUCCGUACGCCUACCUGGCGGCGUCGUUCAGCCUGGUCCACGGACUGCUGGGCCUGCUGCGCUCCUACACCGAGGAGCCCGACGAGUGCGGACGCACCUUCAUGAUCUCGGCCAGCAUACUGGAGGUCAUCCCGCUGCCACUGGCCAACAUCGAAUUCUACCUGGUAUCCGAUCAGUCGGGAGUGGCGCUGGUGCACGGCCUGUCGCUGAUCCCACUGCUCUACGACAUGAUCGGCAAGAUGGGCGAGGACUGGGACAGCUCGACGGAGACGCUCAAGGACCUCGCUCUGCUGGGCAACAUCGUCUCCACACUGUAUCUGGCCAUCAAGGACGGCAAGAAUCUCUACUACGCCGUGGCCGCAAUCGCGUUCCUCGCCAGAUACGGCAGCUCCCUGGUCGAUCGCUGCAACGAGGGUCUUAGCCACACUGUGGGCACCCUGGGAAACGCCGGCAUCCUGGCCCUUAUGACCUACUCACUCGCUGAGGGCUAGUUGCUUACCCUUGAAAUUGAUCGUUUCGCGGAAUAAAGCCAGCAUUCAAUUGCAAUGAAUCAGAA